AUGGUUUUGGCGUACUGGGCCAACCUUCUCAUCUUGCAGGAGUGUCUGAACCAGUGCGAGGCUGGACCGGAGAGGCCGUUUGAGGCGAGCAAUCGGAGGCUUGCGACGGAUAUCCUGCGCUGUACGGAACAUGUUGGGCACGGUGUCAUGGGGCCGUACAGGGUGGGAUAUGGGCUGCGGAUCGCUUAUGACUUUGUGGAUCGGCCUACGCAGCUGUGGACACUGAUGAUGGUGGAUAAGUAUAACAAGCGAUACGAGGCCUUGUCGAGGGAUGUCUAUCCAGAGAAUCCCCUCAUUCGAGACGAGGAUGGGAAAUCUUUUGUCAUGGGCAUAGGACUUACAUGGACAAGGUGGUUUGAGAUGGAGAGAACGCGAGCCCUCGAGCAUGACGAACAUGAUCACUAGAGCAGGUCUUCACAUUUCAAGAUCG